AUGCGGCGUGAUGGUCACGAACACGUCCUUCUUGCUGUUCAGGCGCUGGAUACGGUUCAUCCAGUACGUCAAAAUGUAUUGCUCGUCCUCAGCGAUGAGCACGUUCCAACUGCUCCAGACCUUGUUCGACGGAGGCAGCAUGAUCGGGUCACGGUGGACAUACAUCAUACUCUUGUGGUAGUGGAAACGCAUGAGCGAUUGGUACGCCGUCUCGCUCCAACGCAGCAUCUCGGCACUCUCGUCGGCGUGGGUAGCGAGCACGACGUAAUCGCACUCAAUCCGCUCUCCGCCCUUGAGAAUCACAGCCUUGCCGCCCUUCUCGACCUGCUCAACGGCGGCGUUGUAACGAACUGUGCCAUUGUACUCUUCCGUGAAGAGUUUGAGGAACGGCUCAAUGUAACCCGAGCCAACGUACCACCACUGGUGCUUCGGGCGGUCCGUACGCCGUCCCAGCGCGCCGAGAAUCACCUGCCACAGCGGGAUAUACAGCGAGUUGGAAUGCGUCUUAAGACAGCGAAGGAACUGCGUGACAGGCAGGUCCAGCACGUCGUGCUUGGGCACAGUCCAGAGGAUGGAAACGAAGGCCAGGAAGUAGUGGCGGAAGAACUCUUCUGA